UGCAUAAUUUGAUGCCAGUCAUUCUAACGCUGCCACAGUGUUCGUACGUCAGCAAGGCAGGUGGCAGUGGACACAUUCAUCGCGGCUGAAAAGUUUUAGGUAUGUCCACCACAAUGACCAUUGAGCAAACUACGGUGCAGGCGUCAACGCUGAGCAAGUCACGUGAAGCAAAUUGGCCAGCGGUGCUAUUCUUCAUACAUAUUCACCUUUUGUCAGUUUAUGGCAUAUGGCUGCUAUUCUUUGAAGCGAAGCUGUUGACUGUUUUAUUCUUGGUUUUCCUGACAUCAAUCGCCACACUCGGAGUAACUAUAGGCUCGCACAGGCUAUGGGCUCACCAAACAUACAAAGCCAGUACAGCUCUAAGGAUAGCUCUAAUGCUUUUUCAAACUUUAGCUGGGCACGGAUCAAUAUACGACUGGGUUCAAAACCACAGGUUUCAUCAUGCUUAUUUCAAAACUGACACCGACCCUUACGAUAUAAGAAAAGGCUUUCUUUACGCACACUUUACCACUAGGCUACAAAAACUGAGCGAAUAUCAAGAAUCUUUGAAAAGUUCCAUUGAUAUGACAGACAUUGAAAAAGAUUCGGUUGUUAUGUUUCAAAAAAGGUUUUACUGGAUUUUAUAUGGCAUUCUAUUUAUUCUGCUGCCAAUAAAUGCGCCCCUUGAAUAUUGGAACGACUCCAUAUUGAGUGCUGUUUUCGUAAUUGGCUUCGUCCGCUACGCUAUUGUUCUUCACGCCUCGUGGCUGCUGGAAAGCGGAAUGGGCAUUUGGGGGCUCAAAGAAGGCGAAAAGUACCCUCCAGAUACAAAUCUAGUGUUUAUCUUCUCAAAAACUUACUGGCCAGAAUACCAUUAUGUUUACCCUCGCGACUACAAGUCUGGAGAAUAUGGCACUUACGGUUCUGGUUGUUCUACUGCUUUCAUCCGUGUGUUUGCCGCUUUGGGCGAAGCAACGAAUCUUUGCACUUUAGAGACGAAAACAUUACAAAAGGCUCUCGCUGUGGCUGCCAAAACUAAGAAACCAGUAGCUUCGUGUAUAGCAGAAGCUAUUGAUGGUCAGACCUUGGAAGAUGAUCACUUCUUAAAGUCUAAAUGAUAAUUAAAAAUAUUAAGUUAAUUA